UGUAUCCUCAGAACAUGUGAGUGGUUUUCACAGUUUAACAAUCCAAUCACAACAGGUCGAAGUUUAUUUAAAUACAACAGUGGGCUCAUCCUUGACAACCAAUAGGAGUUCUCUGACAAAAUGCAAAUUAAAAAUGUUCUUCGGAUGAUGCAAGCCACAUGUAAUUCAUUAGUAAAGAUUAAAAAGUUCGCCUUCUUCACUCUAACGGUGCCGGGACCAGACGGUUUCAGACUAGAUUUCGCUCUCACAUGAACAGCAUGUCUCGCAUCUGCGGAAUUUCUCGCCUUUGUAAACCUCCUUCGAAGUCGUGGCUUGCUCUUUACUUGCCGCUGUGUGUGUGUAUUGCGUUCCCUUCUGGAGCUGAAUGGGAGCGGAUGAAUGGGAUGAUUGGUUCAUCAGUGUUACUGGAUCCUAAAGUCAAAGCUGAUCCCAGCAAGGAAGAAAUUAUUUGGACGUUCAUCGCCAGGCAUAGAAGCCCUCUCACCAUUUUACAUCACAUCCCAGAUUACCUGAAGUGGGCAGAGCCCAGUGUGCAGUUCAGGUCGCGUUUAGGAUUUAUUCCAUCUAACGGCUCUCUGAUGAUAAAUGGAUUAAAGGCCGGGGACCAAGGAGACUACAGCUUCACAGCAGCUGAUCGUACACUAAAAAUAAUACAGCUUUUCCUCUUCUGUCCUCUGUCAGAAGAUCUGAUCACCAUCAAUACCAUCUUCAUCGGUUCCACCAUCCAGCUCACCUGUAAGGUCGAUGGAGAUCCUCUGGAGUAUCAGUGGUGGAAAAAUGGAGUCCAAGUCUCCCAUAAUGACCAGAUCAUAGAUGGCAACAGGACUCUCCUGAUCCAGAAUGAUGCAUGGAAUGAGAGAGCCACAUACAUGUGUGUGGCAAGCAAUCCAGUCAGCUCCGUCAGGAAGGAUUACUUCCUGACAAGACCUGAUGUGGGAUGUGGCAGCAGCCUUGUAAUCAUGAACAAAAAAUUCACAGUGAUCGGAUGUGGACUAGUCUGGUGGGUGAUGUCCUCUGGAAUGUAGAAUGAUAGAAUCAACUCAUUUAACCUCUGCAGCUCGUCGGAUGAUUGCAUUAAUGGCUAGAAGAUCCAUUUUGCUGAAUUGGAAAGAGAUUAAUCCUUCUACCACAUUUCAUUGGUUCUCUCAAACUAUGCUGUUUUUAAAUUUGGAAAAAUUAGAAGUGUUUAUGAUCCCUUUAUUAAAUUCGAAAAGACCUGGAGGCCAUUUAUUUGACCUUUUUCAAAUUUAUUUUAUUUCUUUGUAAUAUUGGUUGAGAGGAACGGAGUUGUUGACGCUAAGGUUUCCUUUUUUUAAUGAUGUUACGUAACAGCCCAUGUCUUUUUUUAGUUUAGUCAAUACUGUUUAGAUUAGGUUUUUUUUGGGUGGGGAGGGGUUAUAGUUUUAUUUUUUCCCCUUUUUCAUGAGUUUUUUUUAGAUAUUUUUGUUUGUUUUAUAUUGUUCAUCUGUAUCCUAUAUGAUUGGGAGUUUUAUCAUUUGUGUCAACUGGCUUAAUAAUUAACUAUGCCAAUUAUAACAAUGUAUUCCCAAUAACUUUGUACCAUUACUAUGUUAUGUUUAUUAUUAUGAGAUUGAGAAAGAAAACUGUAAAUAGUGUAUAGAGUGUAAAUAGUACAUGUGUGUAAAGUGUUUAUACAGUAGCAUAUGAAGUGUAAAAGUGUAGUGUACAAAGUGUAUACAGUGUAUAACGUGUAAAGUAUGUACAAAGUGUAUAUAGUGUGUACAAAGUAUAAAUAGUAUAUAAAAGUGUAAAAGGUAUAUAGUGUGUACAAAGUAUAAAUAGUAUAUAAAAGUGUAAAAGGUAUAUAGUGUGUACAAAGUGUAAGUAGUGUAUAACAUGUAAAAACUAUGUACAGUGUAUAUAGUGUACAACAUGUAAAUGUACAAAGUGUAAAUAGUAUAUAUAGUGUGUGCAAAGUAAAUAGUGUACAAAGUGUAUAUAGUGUGUACAAAGUGUAUAUAGUUUGUACAAAGUAUAAAAAGUAUAGUGUGUGCAAAGUAAUGUACAAAGUAUAAAAAGUAUGUACAGUGUAUAUAGUGUACAAAGUGUAAGUAGUGUAUAAAGUGUAAAAAGUAUAUACAAAGUGUGUAUGUAGUGUGUGGGGUGUGCGUGUGGAGUAUGCGUCGGACACUUUCUCAUACAUUCACAGACUUGAUGAAAUCCCAGAAUCAGGUUUAUUAUCACUGGUGUACACUGAAUGCCACUUUAUUAGUUACACGUGAUCACCCUUUUAAUGCAAGUAUCUAAUCAGUCAUAGACUGUUAGCAACUCGGUGCAGAAAAGCAUGCCCGCAUGAUCAAGAGGUUCAGUUGUCCA